AAACAUUAAAGGGGUGCAUUUUUGCAAGAAUGGUGGUUGUUACCAAGGGAUGAUAAGCCGUCAACUUGUGAUACUCACUGUUAGUCCCUGCCUCAGUCCAAAUCAAGUCUUCUCUUGGAGUACUAACUUUGUAAGCUAGUACAACAUAGGAAGAAUGCCGUCCCUCCGCCCUUUCAUCUUGGUCGGCCUUGUGCUCGUGAUCUCAAUCUGUCUGAGUGAGGAGGCAACACAACGGUGUAAGCAAGUUAAAUUUCACCAAUACACGGCUACCAUGUGUUGCAAGGAUGGUCGUAAAACGCCGUUGUGCAGCACCCCUCUUGACGAAAGGGAACUUUACUGCUUCUGUUGCCAACAGGAUUACAAGCUCGCCCAAUGCGGCAGAGACCACAAUGGUCAAUAUGUGUGCAAGUGCAUACCAGAGCAAGGACUUAGCGGAGAGGCUGAAAAUACAACACCUGCCAAAAUAGAGGAAUGCCGCGAAAGCAAUGGGAAGCGGAGUCUGAAAUUCCGAUGUGACAAUCGCCUUUUUCAGUAAACGCUUUCACUAAAGCACUCUUAGUGGGGCACGUAUUAUACAUGUAAAAGCAAUGACAACGUAAUAAUGAAAUAUUUUGGAUCAUUUAAGCUAGGGGAAGACAAAAGAUUUAUCUAUUUGCCUGUAGCCAGCAUAAUUGUGAAAUAUUAUUAAAAAAGUGAUGGGAGAUU